ACCCGCAUCUGGCAUCACUGCAAUCCGGCGCUGGGCGGAAGUUUGAGGUUAGGAACAUCGUGUCUCCUCCACGUGAUUGUCAAUAAACCAGGGGCAAUAAUAUAUUCUAAAACUUUAUUGAAUACUCAAGAGAUUAUUCACAACCAAAAUGCCGAAGUCUAAGAGGGAUAAGAAGAUAUCGCUCACAAAAACCAGUAAAAAAGGAAAAAUUCUGAAGGACCACAUCCUCGAGGAUGUCAAAACCUGCGUGGAGAAAUAUAACCGAGUGUUUCUGUUCACAUACGCCAACAUGCGUAACGACAAGCUCAAGAGCUUGCGGGAGCAGUGGUCAGGCAGUCGUUUUUUCUUCGGUAAAAAUAAAAUAAUAGCCCAUGGAUUUGGACUGACGCCUGAGACCGAAGUUGCAGACGGUAUUCACAAAAUGUCAAAAGCCCUGAAGGGCCAGUGCGGCCUCCUCUUCACGAAUAAAACGAAGAAGGAUGUCCUUGGAUGGAUGGAGGGAUACGGGGAGGAGGACUUUGCCAGGGCUGGCUUCAUCCCAACGGAGACAAUUGUUUUACCUGAGGGACCACUUCCUGAUUUUUCCCACGCUAUUGAGCCACAUUUGAGGCAGUUAGGAAUGCCCACAGCUCUUCAGAAGGGAGUUGUUACUCUUCUGCAGGAUUACGAGGUCUGCAAAGUGGGAGUGCCCUUGACUCCUGAGCAGGCGAGGAUUUUAAAAUUAUUUGGAAGACAAUUGGCGACAUUCAAACUCAUCCCUCUAGGAUUUUACUCGAAGAAAAAAGGAUAUACUCAACUAGCAACUCCGGAGGCCGAAGCUGGUGAAGAACAAAUGGAGGCUGAAGACGUUGAUGAGACAUAAAUCAUUAAAACAAUGUGUUAUUUUUAAUAAAACUAUUUUGUACAUAA